UAUAGUGCAAAAGCACUAGGGCAUGACAUAUGUCGGUCAUUGGGUGUAAUGAAGCCUAGUCAUUGGCCGGAUUGCCCACUUAAUUUUCGUCAAACAUUGAAAAUGGAUAGUCAUAAGAGUUUGUUUUAUGAGAAAUUAAAUGCAUAUUAUUUGAAGAACAAAGAUGCCAAAAAACCGUGGAAUUAUGAAGAAAUAAAGGAGGUUGCAAAAGAUAUUUUACUUGCCAAACAAACUACUGGCAAAAAAACUCGUAGGCAAUAUCAUUUAUUGUCCCUGUAUGACACGAUGAAGUUAGGAAAUAAACAAAUCAUCAUUAAAAAAAGGUUAAAAAAUAAUGAUAACAUUAUUUAUGUCACGCCGUACGAAGACUUGUUUGAAAUAUUGUAUUCUACGCAUAUUGCAGUAGGGCAUGGUUGUAGAGAUAAAAUGAUCCUUGCUUUGAAAUUCAAUUAUCAAAUUUCACGUCCUGUUGUUGAGAUAUUUUUGCAGUGCUGCGAAGUUUGUCACAAAAAAAAAGUUAACAAACAUGCAAAUCUUGUAACCAAGCCGAUUGUUUCAAAAGAAUUUUGCUCUCGGGGCCAAAUCGAUCUGAUAGAUUACCAGUCAUGUCAGGAUAAUGACUACAAAUGGUUACUGAAUUAUCAGGACCAUUUAACAAAAUUUAUCUGUUUACGCCCAUUAAAAUCAAAACAAGCUGCUGAAGUAGCAUCAGAACUGGUAAAAAUUUUCCUCGAAUUUGGGGCACCAGCUAUACUACAGAGCGACAACGGCCGCGAAUUUGUAACUAGUAUAAUUAAAGAAUUGGCGAAACUGUGGCCUGAUUUGAAAAUCGUUCAUGGAAGACCACAGUCGCAAGAGAGCGUGGAAAGAUGUAACCAAGAUGUUGAAAAUAUGCUGCAGGCGUGGAUGUUAGAUAAAAACUCAACAAACUGGUCAGUCGGUUGCUAUUUCGUGCAGUUUCAAAAAAAUAUUUCGCAUCAUAGAAUUAUUGGUCGCAGCCCCUAUAGAGCAUUAUUUGGAAUAAACCCAAAAAUUGGACUAUCUUCAACAAAUUUACCAACCGAGGUUAUUAAAAACUUGGAAACGGAAGAAGAUGUUAACAAGCUUUUGGCAGAUCUCAAAAUUAAAGAAAAUAAUAAUAUAGCAGAGAACGAACAGCAGGAAACAUUUGGCGACGAAACAGUAACUGAUAUUGUUGGAGAACAGGAGGGAGCAUCAAGUGCAAUAAUGGAAGUAAUUGAAGCUGAUAAUUUUGAUCCCAUAAACGUUGCCUUACCUUUUGCUGGUCCACAAGAAGGUAUUUGCAUUGACUGUAAAAAUCAAAAGAAUAAUGCAUCAUGUGUAUUGUGUUCUCCACAAACCUCCAUACGGAGUAACAGAAAUGAAUGCCAUUCAGGACAGAAAAGAGCAGCUAAAAAAAUGUUGUCAAGUACUGCUAAAAAACAGCCACCAUUAAAAAUUGGCGACUGUGUGCUGUUGCCAGUUGAAAAAAUUGAUCGUGGUUUACAUUAUUCCUAGAGUUCCUAUAUUGAAAUAUAGGAACUCUAAUUAUUUCAAAUAAAUGAAACAAAUAUUUUGCAACAAUAAAAAU